AUGGCCGACACCACCCCCGGCUCGGACGCCGCCCGGACCGGCAGCAGCCACGAGUACAUGCCCCCAGAUGUUCCCAAAGGGGUCGAAGGAAACCACCUCGAAAAUGGCGUUCCGGCCUCGCACCACGUUGACAUGAACACAAACCUGGAGGCUAGAAUCCGGAACCCGCUAAAGGGUCUCUCGUACGAGCAGCUCAUGAGCUGCGUUGAGGCGUUUGCGCACGAAAAGGGCCUGGCCGAGCACAUGCCGGCGUUGCGUAAAGGGGCGCUGGUGGCACAGGACCCUACCGGCUACCAAGACAUCACUGGCGAUGAGGCGCUGGACGAAGAUGAGAAGCGCGUCCUCCACGAUGAGGUCGCGCACAAGUGGCGCCUCCCCAUAAAGCUGUACCUGACCAUUGCGACUUGCUCCAUCGGCGCCGCCGUCCAGGGCUGGGACCAGACCGGCUCCAACGGCGCCACCAUCUUCUUUCCCGAGAUUUACGGCAUCGGCGGCGACAGUGCGAGAGACAAGCUGCUCGUUGGCUUGGUCAAUUCGGGCCCGUACAUUGGUAGCGCAUUAAUUGGGUGUUGGCUAUCCGACCCCAUCAACAACUGGAUUGGCCGUCGGGGAACCAUCUUCGUCGCGGCGCAUUUCUGUCUCUGGCCCGUCAUCGGCUCUGCAUUCAGCAAUACCUGGGAGCAGCAGCUGGCAAACCGCUUGCUGAUGGGCAUCGGAAUGGGCGUCAAAGCGUCAACGGUCCCCAUCUAUGCGGCCGAAAACUCUCCUGCGGCGAUUCGUGGCGCUCUGGUCAUGUCUUGGCAAAUGUGGACGGCAUUCGGUAUCAUGUUGGGCACCGCCAUCAAUCUGGCUGUGUGGAGCAGCGACAUCAACUGGCGGCUGAUGCUAGGCGCCCCCUUCAUUCCCGCUGUGCCUCUGCUCCUGCUCAUCUAUCUCUGCCCCGAGUCGCCGCGAUGGUACAUGAAGAAAGACCGCUAUUCAAAGGCCUGGGACUCGAUGCUGCGGCUCCGCCACCACAAGAUCCAAGUUGCCCGCGACAUCUUCUACAUCCACUCCCAGCUCGAGAUUGAGAACCAGCUGCUCCGAAACACCACUUAUGUCAGCAGGUUCACUGAGCUGUUUACGAUCCCCCGAGUCAGACGGGCAAGUAUGGCUGCCUUUGUCGUCAUGAUUGCGCAGCAGAUGUGUGGAAUCAACAUCAUUGCCUUUUACAGCAGCACCGUCUUCAAGGACGCUGGAUCGAGUGACCACGAGGCGUUACUGGCCUCGUUCGGAUUCGGCCUGGUCAACUUCUUCUUCGCGUUCCCGGCCUUUUGGACCAUCGACACCUUUGGCCGACGGUCCCUUCUGCUCUUCACCUUCCCGCAGAUGACGUGGACGCUGCUGGCCGCCGGGCUGUGCACGCUGCUGCAACAGGGCACGGCACGCACGGCACUGGUAGCACUAUUCGUCUAUCUCUUCGCGGCCUUCUACUCGCCCGGCGAGGGGCCGGUGCCGUACGCGUACAGCGCCGAGGUGUUUCCGCUGUCGCACCGCGAGGUCGGCAUGGGCUUCGCUGUGGCCACGUGCCUUUUCUGGGCGGCGGUGUUGAACAUCACGUUCCCGUUCCUGCUGCAGUCGCUGACCACGGCUGGCGCCUUCGGCCUGUACGCGGGCUUCAAUGUUGCCGCCUUCAUCAUGAUCUUUUUCCUCGUCCCCGAGACCAAGCAGCGCACGCUCGAGGAGCUCGACUACGUUUUCGCCGUCCCCUCCCGCAAGUUUGCCCUGCACCAGAUCGAAGAGGCCCUGCCGUACUUCUUCAAGCGUUGGGUCUUCUUCCGGCGCAGCGCCACCCUCAAGCCGCUGUACCAGUUUGACCAGGAGCACAAGAAGAAGAAGUCUACCAGCAGCGACGUUAGUGUGGCGCAUGCGGCUAAUGGGGGACACCAUGUCAACGGAGCGGGGGGGGGGUUGACGGGGAGAAGACGAGACUGGAUGGCGUGUGAGAUGAAGAGUGGGGUAUGA